UGUAGGAAUGGCUACACUUUACAGUUGAUGUAAGACACAUCGUUAUUUUGUCCAGCCAAUCAACGCGCAGCACGCAACCCGAAUCAAGUGAAGAUGGCGGAGCAAUUGGCCGCAUGUGCGCGGCAGCUCUUUGAGGGCGAGUCGGGAAGCGCCGAGCAGCGCACCGCCAAUGUGUGGAUCAUGCAGUUCCAGCAACAUGAUGAGGCGUGGCAGGCGGCCCUACAGCUGCUGGAGAUGCCCGUGCGUGACCCACUGACCCAUCAAACGUUAGCGGGCCCAGAGCUCGUGGCGAUGCAGAUCUUACGGCUCAAGACACAACAAGAGUGGACGCAUAUCAGCGAUCAGCAACAGCAGGCAGUGCGGCAGACUUUGUUGAAGCUGCUGGAGAUAACGUGUGUGGCAGACGGCGGCCUCUCGCCUGUAAGCUGCCGCAUCGCCUGCGUAACAUUGGCGGAUAUUGUGGUCAAAUCUUGCAAGACCUGGACGGGAUGGAAGAACGAUGUGCAACGGCUCGUGGACGCAGGUAUUGUUGCUCAGAGGCAGCAUAAGGGGGCGGCAGUGGUAUGAUGGCGGAGCAAAGCCUUGUUAUGGAGUUUUCACUGACGUUAACAUGCAGUUGGCAGAGGUUCUUGGAGCUAUUCCGCUGCAAAUUUUGGCAUCGGAGAGGAUGUGGAUUGCCGACGAGAUACAUCAAAUACUGACGCUUUUUCAAGCGGAAGUCGAGGAAGUAAUGACGGCAGUACAAAUGAUUUUGUCAAAUAUACCGGAUGAGAGGAGCAAUGCGCUUCGCUGCCUAGAAUGCUGGAUUGUGGGCUGUGUUCCGACCCACGAGGCGUUCGGUUUGACUGCUGCUCAUCUUUUCACUCGGGGACUGAUCGACGAGCUGUUUAAUAUCGUCAUCAGUGGCAAUGAGGAGCAGGCACAGCUGGCUGCUGGCAUUGUCGCAGACUCUUUUGUGUUUACCGUGCCUGCGCCCCUGUCUGAAACUAUGAUCAAUGCUGUGCUUCACUCGGGUCUUCGUUUAGUUGAAGCAAUACCAGUUUUUCGGUCGGAUGUUCGUUCUCCUACGGGCGAGAUGAUGACAAAAGAGCAGCAGACGACGGCAUGCAGGGGUAUUUCAAGGAUCGCUUGCUCAUUAGCGAUGAAUCACGCCCCUAUACUGCUGUGGAAUCAAGUCCCUGGUACUCAAGCGACUAUUGGAAGCUUCACGCCUGAGCAGAAAUCAAGCCUCUCCAUGCAAUUUUUGGAAUUACUUCUGGCUUGCUCCUCGUACGACGAUAUUGAUGUGGUGCAGCCCACGUUAGAGAUCUGGUUCUUUUUCCUCGAAGAAAGUUCGUCGCAAAGUGAGGCCUCAUGGCAACUUCUAGACGCACCUGGGAAGGAGCAUGUCGUUAGCGUGCUUUCACGUUUGGUUAAUGCACUCAUUGAGCGGUGCAAAUACCCUCAGUGGUUUGUUGACAAGCAACAGCUUGUUAGCGACGACCUUGAGAUCGAAGCGAUUUCUGACUUGCGCAGAGAAAUCGCCGAUACUAUGUUGAGUCUAUUUUCCAAAUGGCCCGGAGGCCCAGGGAAACCUACUGGGGAUUACGCUUCGUGCGUGAAGGGCAUAUGUCAAAUGUUGUCGAAUGGCAAGGAUAUUGCGCUGAUUGAUGCGCUACUUUUUUUGCUCUCGUAUAUGGUUGAGCUGUUUGAUGCUAUAUCGUCGGAUUCGGAGUCUGAAGAUGACCCAGAAUCGUUCCUAGAUCCUGAAUCCGGAGGGAUAGAUGUUUUGUUGGGGGUAUUAGACCGCGCUCUCAACCUGCCCAUGCAUCCUCUCGUGAUCAACGGUGUUGCACAGUAUCUACGAUCACUGAGCGCCUCUCUUGCUUUGCCAGCCAGCGUAUAUCUACGCGCUUCAAUGAUCAUUUGUCAAGGACUACAAUAUACGGCGUCUUUCCCAGUGGCGGUGCAAUCGCUGCUGCAUAGUAGCUCACCUAUUACUAAAUACUCAACAGUCGAGGAAAGAGCGUCACUAUUACAGGCUUUACUCCAGUUCUGCAGUACGCUACAAACGAAAACUUCCCAAGAAAGUGAAGGAGACCUACUGGAAGUGACGUUCCGGAUCUCUAGCGGUGUAUCAGAUGCAGAUUUCGGUGCAUUGUGCUCAACUGUUCUGUCCAAUCUAACUGUUCGUGUUCAAAGUGGAAACCCGAUCGAGGCUUCCAAUAGCGUGUACAUGUUGGGUCGAGCUCUUGGUGGUGUCCAAGAUCAACAGCAAGGGUCCGCGCUAGUUGAUCAGCUCUGGCCUGUCGUGAGUGCUUGUCUACUCCAGCACAAAGGAGAUGAUAUUUGUCGCCGUGCAGGAGUUCAGUUUUUCCUCAACGUCAUUACCCAUCUACAGAAAGAGGGCGUUCAUCCGAUUGAAGCGCAAAUACUGGACGUAUGUCUGUGGUGGUAUCGAGAAGGCAUCGCUCCUGAUAUCCUCACCUGUUGCUCUCGAAUCGUGGCGAGGCAACGAAACAAUAGCGGCUUUCAGGUGUCAGCUGAGCAGACGUUCGAGCGUCUUCUUGCUGACUUUCGUGGCAAACUGCACGAUGUCACAGGAACUGCUGCGGAUGGUGGGGUGCAGUCAAUGGAGGGCUUCCUAUCACAGCACCAUGAAGCAGAUAAAAUGAUCCCGGAGGUUGAACAAUUCAUGAAGUUGGCGAGGGAAGUUUUGAGCUCUGUCCCACAAGUACUGACGAAGAACCGUUCCAACGGAGAACCGACACUGUAUUGGGUUUGUUUGGAUCUGGCAACAAGACUUUUGAAAGUAGAUCACCAGGUACAAAACUGCUUCUGUAGCCGUGUUGGCUUAUGAGCAUUAACCUCUCACGUGCUAUAUGGUAGAUGCAAGAAAUGUGUGACGCUGCAUGCGACUUCCUCUUGGACGCGAUGCGUUGCCAGCCAGAGCCUAUUCUGAACAACAUAAACGUCUUUGCCUCGGAAAUUGUGCGUGCUGUGCUGAGUUUCUUGGGCCCUAGACGACAGUAUUAUCGCGUGCGGAACCUCUGGGAUUUUUUAUUUCAGUGUAUACAUGCUCCUCAGAUGCCAUCGCAAAUUCGAGGUGGUUUCCUGGCCGCUGUGUCUACCGUUGUGAUAGAAGAGGGUGCUCUUCAAUCGAUCCUACCUGCCGAAGUGUGCCAGCAGAUGCCCGGUGAGCUGCGAAUGCGUCGCCAACGACAUCGAUUUCGACAAUAUUUUACUCAGUUCGCUGCCGAAGCGGCCAACUCAUAGGCACUCAUCCUUUGUAAUGGUAGUGGUGGCAACCGGAUUAAAUGUUGGUGGAUUGUGUGAUGGACCUGAGAGAUUCCCCUAGCCUUUCAAAGCGGGAAACCGUUGACAUUUUUUUAUUAUGAAAAUCGUCGUGUUCCUCCUCAUAAUAACCAACACGAGCUGGCCAUAAUUUCUCUUUUGAACUGCCACCGCACUGGGUGAACUGUACUGUAGUACUAGUUCUCUGUUCGAGCUUGCAUGUACUUAGUUGAGCCUAAUACUUCGAAACAUAAAUUCAAUCCUAUUCAGCUC